CGCCGCCAAAAUGUCCACAGGUGUGCCUUCAGGAAGUUCAAGUGCUGCUGCUGGCAGUAAUCGAAGACUCAAGCAGACACAAAAUCAAGUUGAUGAGGUGGUUGACAUCAUGAGAGUCAACGUGGUUAAGGUGUUAGAAAGAGACCAGAAGCUCUCGGAGCGUGCAGAUGCGCUGCAGGCCGGUGCUUCUCAGUUUGAAACAAGUGCUGCCAAGUUGAAGAGAAAGUAUUGGUGGAAGAACUGCAAGAUGUGGGCGAUAGGGAUCAGUGUCCUGGUGAUUGUUGUCAUCAUCAUCAUUGUGUGGUGUGUCUCUUAAUGAAGAACCCGGGAAACUGAAGCCCACUGUUGAGGAGCGUCUUCAAGACUUUCUACUCAGAACCUGCUGUGUUAUCAAGCUUACCUACUGUUUUUUCCAAGUGAUUAUUUUUGUUAGUUUACAUACAGUUCAGUGUCUAGGAAAUGUGCCUUUGUUUUAAUAUACACUCCAGAAGGGGUGUGACCUACCCUGCCCACAUUUUGCA